UGUGUGUGUUGCUGCUGACGUUUAAGCUUCCAGUGACGAUGGCGUCCACAGAGCAGUCCCUGCCUGACUUGACAGAUAAAGAAACCCGUGAGAAGCUGUCACUGUGGGACCGCCGCCACGACGCCAUGGCUCCUCUUACAGAGAAGCAAACGGACUCCGUGUUGGAGAUACAAGCCGCGGCUGAGACGCUUGCUGUCCCGUCUGAGUUACCCAUCGAGGACUUGGGCAGUCUAUCAUCUCGCUCCCUCCAGUCGCCUUUCACCGCCACUGUGCCAGAGUCAACAGAGGACGUCCUGCUCAAAGGCUUCCAGAUGCUCAACAUGGAGAACGACCGAGUAGAAACUGCACAGCAGUUUUUUGCCUGGUUUGCCAAGUUACAAGCCAACAUGGAUCAGGAUGAGAGUGCAAAGUACAGGCAAACUCGAGAUGUUCUGUAUUGCUACCAGGAACAAUGUGAUGCCAUUCUGAAAGAUGUCACUGCAGCUCUGGAGCAGCUGGACUCCCUUCAGAAGCAGUACCUCUUUGUGUCUAACAAGACAGGCACGUUACACGAGGCUUGUGAACAACUUUUGAAAGAACAGGCGGAGCUUGUCGACCUUGCAGAGAGCAUACAGCAGAAACUGUCAUAUUUCAAUGACUUGGAACAUAUAAACACGAAACUCAACUCUCCAACCUUGUCUGUGAAUAGUGAAGGCUUUAUACCAAUGCUGUCUAAAUUAGAUGACUGCAUCGAUUAUGUUUCGUCACAUCCCAAUUUCAAAGACUACCCAGUUUACCUGGCCAAGUUUAAACAGUGUCUUUCCAAAGCCAUGCACUUCAUGAAAGUCCACAUUGUGAACACUAUGCAGAACCUCACAAGCGUCUUAACAAAAAGGGAUCCAAUGGGUUUGGCAAACGCUGACAAUGCCUUUACACUUUAUUAUGUUAGAUUUAGAGCAGCUGCACCCAAAGUGAGAUCCCUGAUAGAACAGAUAGAACAGCGGGCAGAGAAGAUUCCAGAAUACCAUCACCUGUUGGAUGAAAUCCACCAGUGUUACCUUGACCAGAGAGAGCAGCUCCUCAGUCCCAGCAUUACUUCCACCAUCACAGAUUUGACCCAGCAGAACAGCAAAGACCACUGCGCCCUGGUCCGCAGUGGCUGUGCUUUUAUGGUGCAUGUGUGCCAGGAUGAACAUCAGCUUUAUAAUGAGUUCUUCACCAAGCCCACACCCAAGCUAGACGAGCUGCUAGAGAAGCUGUGUUCGUCUCUGUAUGACGUUCUGCGGCCUCUGAUCAUUCACAUCAUCCACCUGGAAACUCUGUCUGAGCUCUGUGGCAUCCUCAAGAACGAGAUCCUGGAGGACCACGUUCACAACAAUGCCAGCCAGCUGGGGGCCUUCGACACCGUGGUGAAGCAGAUGCUGGAGGAUGUGCAGGAGAGGCUCGUCUACAGGACGCACAUUUACAUCCAGACGGACAUCAAGGGCUACAACCCUGCCCCGGGGGAUCUGGCCUAUCCUGAAAAACUGGAGAUGAUGGAGAAAAUUGCUCAGAGUUUGAAGGAAGAGCAGAUGAAGCAAAUGUCCCAGGUGUCCGUCUUUUCGGAUGUUCAGCUUGAGGAUCCUGAUGGGAGAAGAAACAGCAAUGCCGGACUUACAGGGAAAGCAGAGGCGUCCCGCCUGCAGUCGUCCGUCUCUCCCGCCGAUUUGCAUGGCAUGUGGUACCCUACAGUUAGACGGACGCUGGUCUGCCUGUCCAAGCUGUACAGAUGUAUAGAUAGAGCUGUCUUCCAGGGUUUAUCUCAAGAAGCCUUAUCUGCUUGCAUCCAGUCCCUGCUGAGAGCCUCUGAUAGCAUCCUUAAGAACAAGACACAAAUAGAUGGGCAGCUUUUCCUGAUCAAGCACCUGCUGAUAAUGCGUGAACAGAUUGCUCCAUUUCACACUGAUUUUGCCAUCAAGGAGAUUUCACUGGACCUGAAGAAAACGCGAGACGCUGCCUUCAAAAUCCUGAACCCGAAGGCUGUUCCCAAAUUCUUCCGGCUUAACAGUCACAACGCCAUUCUCGAAUUCCUGUUGGAGGGAACCCCGGAGAUAAAGGAGCACUACAUCGACUCCAAGAAGGACGUGGACCGACACCUGAAGUUCAGUUGCGAACAGUUCAUUCAGCAGCAGACUCAGAUCUUCACGCGGAACCUUGAGGAGUUUCUCACCAAGGUUGCAGCUCUCAAAACUAUGGCCAUCGAAGGCGGCCCAGCAUACACGCUGUCUCAGCAGCCCUGGGCUCAGCCUGCAAAGAUCAACGACCUGGUGAUGGCAACCUACCGGGUGAUGAAGAACAAGCUGCCGAGCACGCUGCAAAGCAUGACUUUGUACUUGGCCAACAGAGACACUGAGUUCAUCCUUUUCAAGCCAGUGCGGAAUAAUAUCCAGCAGGUAUUCCAAAGACUGCACUCUUUGCUCCAGGAGGAAUACAGCGGAGAGGACCUUCAAAUCAUCGCAUGCCCGUCAGUGGAGCAGAUUAACCUGCUGCUGUCUGUGAAUAAGUAAUGACCUUGAAUGUCUUCUGGGUUGCGAUGUCGCACAUCCAGCUGAAGAACUGAGAGGAAGACACGAGACGCGCUCAGAGCUGAGAUGGCCGAACAAAGCCAAAGAGCAGUCAAGUGUUUGCUGAGCCGUCCACCAUGAAGUCAGGAUCCUGUUUUUGUUUGUUUAAAACAUGGAGACAUAAAAUCUCAGAUCCAGCAAAACAGCUGUGUCUCACUUAACAGCAAAAUGGUAAAGGAUAAAGCAUACUUGCACGGGUGUGAUGGUGCGGGGCUAGCAGGCUGAAAGAUAAUGGACUGUUCAGACAAGGACUCUUAGGCUGUCUGAAUGGAGGAACUGAAGGGCUGUUCAUCAGCCAUUUAGCUCACUGGCCAGUAAGGCAACUUGCCUUCCGAUUCCCUCAAUGACCAUUGGGAAGGAUAAGUGGAGAAAAAUGCUGCAAAACCUUUUAUUUGCAUAUUUUAGCACACUGGUUCUAAGGUCUAAUAGAACCCCUUUUUUUGCCUGCGCUAUCAGAUGCUCAGGUGUGUGGUCAUGAUAAAUUCUGGAAAGGUCUUCUGUUGCAAUGAUGUAAAAAAGGACAUGCUAUGUUUUAUAACUUUUUUUUUAAUACAUUAUAAAUCAAAUGCUUCUACUUCUCAACAAUGGAUUUUUCACCUUCAGUUUUGCACUGUUCAUGGGAAACCCAUGUAUGCCGCUAAAAUGAUGUGUACAGUGAUAUUAUUUAUGAACAUUGUGAUUAAAACGUUCAUCAGGUGUGAUGAGUGGCUGAGAAGAA